GUGACGAUGGAAAAACACUUUGUGAUAGCUACAAUUAGCACUGUCUUUUUCUGUGGGGAAUUUUUAGAAGAAUAGUAGGCGUCCAUUGGGAGGAGGGAACCAGAGGAAGGACCCACCUAAUUUCUUGCAGUCUGUGCCUGCAGUUUUCUUUUGGAGUGCAAUUAGCACUCUGUGUGUGCACAUGCAUGUGUGUAAUGAGGUAAAUGAGACAACCACUAGGGAUUCCUACUGAAUGCAUGUGCAGUAUUUUUCCUAAAUCUUUCUCCAAAGUGUUUAAUAAUAACCUUUAUGAAGGUUUGUUGUUGUUUUGGUUUUUUUUUUUAAUGUAUAUUGAGCGUGUUGGUAUCUGAAACUGAGAUUAAAUUGCCUUUCCAGUAGAAAGUUUACAGAAUUUUCACUUCAUAAACUAACUCUAAAUAACUUUUGGCUGCUUCAGUUAGUUUCAUAGGAAAAAAAAAACAACAAAAAAACCCAGCAAAACAAAACAAAACCCCAACAGAAAAGCAAUAAAGCACUCUUAGGUUCUCCUUCCACCCUCUUCCUGAUCUUAAAUCCAAAGCUGUUUAGAAUUGAUUUAGGGUAUAUAUAUCUUGGAGGGAUUUUUUUAGCAAAUACCCUGCCAUAUGUUUUAACAUAAGUUAUAGGUCAGGCAAGAACAGAAUUGAAGUAGUUGGAAGUGAAAAUGGAGUUGGAAAUCCAUAGAUACUUUGUAAUUUGGGUUGAGAUGUUAAAAACACCUUAAAGCCAACUUUGCCAAAGGGAUCGGAGUGUAUAAAUAGCUGUUACAGAUCUGGGAAGUUGGUGGUUAAUAAAAUACAGUGAGUUUCUUGCUCCUAAGUCCUGUAGGCAGUAUUUUCUCCUGUGCAUAUGAGGAAGCCUGUCUGUGCAUUUUAUAGUACUUAAGUCUUCUUGCUGAUGCUCUAUCUUUUAUCAGUAGGGAUUUUCAUUUUUAGGUAGUUGUUAAUGGAUAAUGCCUGAAGCUUACCAUGUUCAAAGCUUUGGAGUGGCCCUUGUAAAAGGGUUGGAUCCUAUUCAUUUGCAGUUGAGAAGCAGUGGAUAUAGUCCUAGAGCCUGCUACCACUUCCCUUAAGAACAGUACCACCUUUGCCUGAUAAUUUGUUGAGGCCUAUUGUGUUUGCUUUUGGAUUGCAUGCAGCAAAAGCUUAAACCAGAGGAUGGAAGCUCAUGUUGUUUUCUUUAUAUUGCUUCUUGCACCUAGAAAGCAGGAAACUACAGCAGAUCCAUGUCACCUGCUUAGUUGUUCAGCCUUCAGAAAAAAUGGUUUAAAUCUUUGUUGUUAGCAUUGCUGUUGCGACCACUAAACCGUUCUCCCCUUUGAGGGCAACAAUGAGAUCCACAAUCCCUGAUACUCCUCUGAAUCCAGACAAAAUACUGUACAAGCAUAUGACUGUUCAUGACUGUUUGUUCCCUACACAAUGAUUUUCUUUAAUAUACAAGGAAUUGGUGCAUUUACAGUAUGUAGGUUUAUGCGUGAGGUGCAAGAAUAAUAUUGUAGCAUUCCCAGGACUUAAAGGUUAGAAAUAGGAAGAAACAGAGUGGCUUGUAAGUUUAAUUUGUUCUCUAUUAUGUGUAUGGUUAGAGAUUGUAGACAAGACCAUGUGGUUUAUUUUGUAAGAUACAUAACUGGUGCAUGACAAAAGGUAUAUGAAGGAGUUUCCUUCCAAGGCAGUAAGUGGAUACUGUUGCUGUCUCCUUAGGUUUCCUGGAUUAAAUCUGUUUGGGCAAGUCUGCGUUGAAGCUAGCCAACCACAAUUCCUUUGCGCUCAAUAGAAGGACAUAGAUCAUUUAUGAUCUGAUCUGUCUCAGCUUUAAGGAUAUGCCCAUGUUAGGUGAGAAUGUAGUGGAGUUGAGCUAGAGAAGUCCUUGGUGCAGAUGUUGGGAACAUACUUUGAGGGACAGCAAGUGAUUUCUGUGAAUCCCAGCUUUAAUUUGGCUCAAGUAAAGGCGUAGUUUUAUCUGUUUUGAGGACCUAAUGUGUUUCUCUUUUGACUGUGGAGAGAGUGCAGAGUAAUAUCUCCAGAUCUAGGCUUCUAAAAUUGAGGUAAAUCCUGUCCCUCAGAUUAUAUUGGGCAGGAUUGAUUGAAAUGCCAGUCACUGACUUUGCCACCUUUGCUUUACUCCAGCUUUAGUGCAAAGUAGCUUAGACUAGCUUUUUGUACGACACGUAUAUUGUUAGUAGAAAAACAUAUUGAAGAAAGAUGUGAUUCCCCCCCCCCCUCCAUCCUUUGCUGUAAAUCACUAAAACUAGCCUCAGUGAGCUUUUCCAUUACUAUCUCCCUGCCAAUGCAGGAAGUAUGUCAGGCUUUGGUUAUGUGUAACACAUGUUCAACAAGAGCUGGGUUUAGAGAGUGACAUAACGUUUUAAACUCUAAGCACUCAUUUAAGCAAUGUUUUUCAGUUUUGAUUUUAAGGGACUUUUCAGUCAGUGAGUGAUGCUGGCUUGGAAGCACUAAAUCAUGACAAAAUCUCUGCCUAAGCUCCUCCAUGGUAUUUGAAGACCUUUGGCCCUGCCAGUCAGCUCCAUGAUAAUACAUGGAGAUAAAUAUUCCUGUUUCAGACUAGCCCUUGACUCUUUGCAUGAGGCUGCCUGUAAGCAGCAGUUGUUCAUUGCAAAUGCAAAGAUGUCUUCCAUGCUGGGAGCUUUACUUCCCAGUGCACUGGACUGUGACUGCUAUUAAGUUACAGACUGUAUUGUGCAAGCCACCAGAUGGUGAAGAUAAUUGACCUGUGGUCACAAAACACUUGGCUAGAUGUGAGCUGGUGUUGCAGCAGUGAAAUUGAAUAAACUGGUCAUCUUUUUACAGUCACUGUGUGAAGACUUGACCGUGUAUUUCUCUGCAUCAUUGCUUGGUUCCGUUCUUGCAUGGAGGUGCACUUCACGUUUUCAUUUGUCUGUACAGGAGUAGAAGCUAUACAGGCAGAAGUGGCCUUCACCUGACCUGCAAGCAGUAUUUCCAUAGGUCCCUUUGUACACAGGGAUGAAGUCCAAGGGCCAAAUCCAAGAACAGGUAGUGCUUUAUGUUAUCAAAGGUGUAAAACAGAGGGACUUAAAGAGCAGCGGAAAAGAAGUAAGGAAGUCUUACAGGGAAACAUAUUUUAACUAUCUCAAAAUUCUGAUUUUGACCAUAUGAAUUGCGUGUGUGUGCCCGGGGAAAAUGGGCUUCCUUUCUUUGGAGCAGUAAGCUGUUAAUGAACAAAGGCACAAAGGACUGGCUCUGGAGAAUGAAUGAUGCUCUUGUCCAUAAGCAUGGUCAUACCAGGACAGCCCUGUCAGUGACUGGAAUUUAGCCCCUGCCACAUUUUUCGAGGACUCCAGUUUAUAGUAAGUGCUGCAUAUUUCAUAAGAAUUAUAGUAAUUUUCAUUUGAAAAUAUCCCAAGAGAUGGAAAAUCUGGGUUCCCUCCCUCCCAGUAAGUCCUUUUCUGCACCUCCCCCUUUCAAGGAAACAAAUCCACAGAGUAGGCAACCUCUGGGUUGAAAAAUAUUGAUUUCAUGCAAAUUAGAUAGGAGAAAAAGCCAGAUGCAGUCAGUUUUCUGUCUCCUUUACAUGGAAAUAAUACUCCCUAAGUGCUCAUCUAGUUAGAAAAGAGCAAAGACAGCAAACAUUGCUAAUUUUUCCUAUAUAGAAGUACCUAAAUGCUUGAAUAUGGAGUAAUGCACAGUGAAAGAAAUCUCUGGAAGCAUUUAUGAUUGCCAUCUAUUAGGAAUGGAAAGCUAAGGAGAAUGAGCAAAUGGCCUUCAUAUGUUCUCAAAAAUAUUUUCAUCUCUUCCUAAUUGACUGCCAUAUUUCUCCUAGCUACAAAGUGCAAGAAUUUUCUUUUUGUUGAGUAAAACCAGGUAAGAGGUGGCUUUCCCCCCUGCCCCCUGUUAGUUAUAGUUUUGUAAACUGAAAGACAGAUCAGGCAGGAAUGAACAAGCAUGGUAUUUAAAGGGAGUACAUGGAUUUGUGAUUGCAUGCAGUGCCUGCCAAGAUUUGAUUUUCUGUAGAUGUUUUUGCACGGAAUGAAACAUCUUUGUUCCCUUCUGUAUGAUUGUUUGCUCAUUAUAAAUAUAUAAUUAUCUGUAUCAAACUCAAAAGUGGAAUUCUCAGUAACGAAGGCAGUAUUCUGUGACUUAUUUCAGUUGGAAGAAUAUAUAUAACUCUGGUUUUGGUCAGAGUGUUUUUCUGUCACUUAAGACUGUUGAUAUGAAAUUCACUGAACUAGUUUAAUGGUUUCCUUGAAACUUUUAAUCUUCUUUUUGCAUGUAAGUUGUUUGCUAAACAAAAUUCAGUAAAAAUAAAGGAUAGAGUCAAGCUAAUGUGCUGUCCAAAGUUUUUGAGCAGCCCAUGGAGAACAGAGGCGUUGUGGUUUGAGACGUAUGUGGAACCCUUGGCAGUGAAGAAGGUUCUGUAUUAAAAAAUGUUGGACUUGUCUGAAUAGAUAAUAUCUGCAACCUUCUGUGCCAGGGAGCGUUGCUGAGUUGAGUCAAUGACGACUUUCUGUCAGAGCCUAAUGAGAGAAUUGUCUUGAGGCACCAAGCCAUACAAACUUGAAGAGACAAGCCAGCCGUGGCUGAACGAGUGGCCCUCAACAAUAUGUUUCUUUGAGCUUCUAAGCUUUGCCUUGUAGUUGUGCAGCGAGGGCCCAGGAGAUUCACCAGCCCAGGGAACCCAGAGAGCCUGUUCUUUGUCACUGGACAUUCGGGUCUGAGUGGAGAAGAACAUCGUGGAAAAAACAAAGCAGAAAACCCCAGGGAAACACUGCAUGGUGGCUACUUCCUCCUCCAGAAGAGUCCCUUUAUAUUACUUUAGGGACUGUAUUUCUUCUUUUUAAAUACAAUAACCUUCAGCUUAUUUUUAAAGAUUUUCAAGACAGUGGUCCUGAGGGAGGCCAAUAAAUUGGCUGAAAUGGAAGAGCCACCUUUGCUGCCGGGGGAAACCAUUAAAGACAUGGCUAAGGAUGUUACUUACAUCUGCCCCUUCACUGGAGCAAUCAGAGGAACCCUUACUGUUACCAAUUAUAGACUGUAUUUUAAAAGCAUGGAACGGGACCCUCCUUUUGUCCUAGAUGCAUCUUUAGGUGUAAUCAACAGAGUGGAGAAGAUUGGAGGUGCUUCCAGUCGUGGUGAAAAUUCAUAUGGGCUGGAGAUUGUGUGCAAGGAUAUUCGAAACUUGCGGUUUGCUCAUAAGCCUGAAGGGAGAACUAGACGAUCCAUUUUUGAGAACCUAAUGAAAUAUGCUUUUCCAGUUUCAAAUAAUCUGCCACUUUUUGCCUUUGAGUACAAAGAGGUUUUCCCAGAAAAUGGAUGGAAAGUGUAUGACCCUACUUGGGAGUACAGAAGACAGGGAAUUCCCAAUGAAAGCUGGAGGCUGACCAAGAUUAACGAGCGCUACGAGCUGUGUGAUACAUACCCUGCCAUUCUAGCUGUGCCUGUAAACAUUCCUGACGAGGAGCUAAAGAGAGUGGCAUCCUUCAGAUCCAGAGGACGCAUACCAGUCUUGUCAUGGAUUCACCCAGAAAGUCAAGCAACAAUCACGCGCUGUAGCCAGCCCAUGGUGGGAGUGAGUGGCAAGCGGAGCAAGGAAGAUGAAAAGUACCUUCAAGCCAUCAUGGAUUCUAAUGCCCAGUCCCAUAAAAUCUUCAUAUUUGAUGCAAGGCCUAGUGUGAAUGCUGUAGCCAAUAAGGCUAAAGGAGGGGGCUAUGAGAGCGAGGAUGCCUAUCAGAAUGCAGAAUUAGUGUUCCUGGAUAUUCACAACAUUCAUGUUAUGAGAGAGUCACUGAGAAAACUGAAAGAAAUUGUGUAUCCCAAUAUCGAGGAGACCCAUUGGCUGUCUAAUUUAGAGUCAACUCACUGGCUAGAGCAUAUCAAGCUCAUUCUUGCUGGAGCCCUUCGGAUUGCUGACAAAGUGGAAUCGGGGAAGACGUCUGUGGUGGUGCACUGCAGUGACGGCUGGGACCGCACAGCCCAGCUCACCUCUCUGGCCCUGCUCAUGUUGGAUGGCUACUACCGCACCAUCAGGGGCUUUGAGGUGCUCGUGGAGAAGGAGUGGCUGAGCUUCGGCCACAGAUUUCAGCUGAGAGUUGGCCAUGGGGACAAGAACCAUGCGGAUGCGGAUCGCUCUCCCGUCUUCCUGCAGUUCAUUGACUGCGUCUGGCAAAUGACGAGACAGUUUCCUACAGCAUUUGAGUUCAACGAGUACUUCCUGAUCACCAUCCUAGAUCACCUAUACAGCUGUUUGUUUGGGACCUUCCUGUGCAGCAGCGAGCAGCAGAGAGUGAAGGAGAGCCUUCCAAAAAAGACUGUAUCACUUUGGUCUUACAUCAACAGCCAACUGGAAGACUUUACUAACCCCUUGUACGUGAGCUACUCCAACCACGUCCUGUAUCCCGUGGCCAGCAUGCGCCACCUCGAGCUGUGGGUCGGCUACUACAUCCGCUGGAACCCCAGGAUGAAGCCUCAGGAACCUGUUCACAAUCGCUACAAGGAGCUUCUGGCCAAGCGGGCUGAGCUGCAGAAGAAAGUGGAGGAACUGCAGAGAGAGAUCACCAACCGUUCCACCUCAUCCUCGGAGCGAGCCGGCUCUCCCGCACAGUGCGUCGCUCCCGUACAGACAGUUGUAUAAUAUGGACUUCUUUUUGCUGACUACCUUCCCAGGACCAUGGUGGGCAGCUUUCCUGAAGCCUCCUGGAUUUCCAGCAUGGUGCCUGGGAGAUGCCAACUUAUUUAUUUAUUUCUCUCCAGGGUAAUUUAUUAGUACUGUAGCACUAGAGAAAGCUUAAAGCAAAAACCAACACAGAGAAGUCCCCCUAUGCAAUUACCCUUCUCAGUGGCUAGCUUAUAAUAAAAGCCAAUUGCACUUGCCACCUGUAAGAAGCCUGGAGCUUGCUCUUUGUUCACUGAUGUGCUGGAAAUCACUUGGCUUGGAAGAGUCUGUGCACAAGCAUGAAGUACUGUGGAGGAGAAACAUCUGCUCAGAAGUUUGAAAGGCCAAACCUGACUUUGUAUCGGAGCCUCAGAUGCAGCUGUGCCAUCACACACCCUCCUGCACAGCAGAGUCAAUGAGGGCAUUUGCCAGCAUGCCUGGAAACAAGCAACAGCAGUGUCUGAAACAAGAAAUUCCCUUCACCUCAACCUAGAUCAUAGGAAGCCAUGUAAAUGAUGCCUUAUUUAAAAAAAGGGCAGCUUCUCCCAAUAAAACACUGCGGUAGAGGAGCAACAAUACAGGACAUGAUUUUGUAGGACAACAUUUACUUCCCUCUCUGCAAUUUUGCAAUCUCACAUUUGGUUUACAGUGGGUGUGCCAGGAUGUAACUUAAGCACCUUUAUUUCAGAGGGGGGAGCAGAGUGUGGCUCCCCUGGGCUUUCCACAGCUCCUCUGGCCUCCAGUGCCUCAUAGUCAUCAGGGGAAAAGAUAGUGGAAUACCAAGGGGCACAUGUGAACUGCUGGGAUCAGCCAUUACGUUUUGCUUGGGUAAGCAUAAUUAGCAAUUUUAAUGCUUCUGUGCAGGGUUAUUGUGGUGUACUUACGGUAUUUCAGCUUUCUGCUAACUAACGGAAGCAACUGUGCAUCAACCAAAGACGCCUUUCUGCCUGCAUUGCUAAUGCUGCUUUAGGUUCUUCUGGCAGACUGAACAGCUUAGCCAUUUUCUAAACCCUACCUUUUUCCUCAUAGUCUGCUUCAAGAAUUGGUGUCAACUAAACUCAAGCUGAAAUUGAAUUUUAAUAUAAAAAGUAACUGUAGGGGAUACAACACAUACUUGGUGAAACCAUGACUGCCCCCUUGCUCUUCCAAACAGGUAAGCACAGGGUUGCAGAGGAGGGGUCUCAGAAUAAAGGCAGUUAAGUAUGUGCAAGGCUGCUUCUCCACCUCCCUGCUGAGGAGAAUGGGUAUUGCUUGGUGAGGGUUCCUGUGUUCCUCUUUUAGGAUUGGAUCCCAGACUGGGGUCACCUGUUUAAUAUACCUGUCAGCUGCUUCACUCAGCUGCUAUUCCACUAGAGAAAGAUUUUUGGAGGGAGCAUAAGAGCAGACCUAUGCUCACCUAAGAAAUGGCCUUUCAAAAGCCACAUUCCUUCCAAGGCGGUUAGCAGUCAUUUCCUCCUGCAGUCUCCACUUCUGCCUGCUCUACUGCUGCAAUCACCACUCCGUGCUUACAGAGAAAUCCAGAGCCGCCUUCCGACAGGAUGAGUAACAGCCUGCACAGCAUCACCACAGCUGUUAUGGGUGGCCUGUCACAGUAUGGUUCAAUAGUGCAAAGAAUCCACACAAAAUACUUUCUAAGGACUCAGAUUUGCUUUGAGGUUAAAGGGCAGGUCUGCUCUUACCUACAAUCACUAUAUAAGAUGGUUUAAAGCAUUAUUCUGUAUUAGCAAAUUGACUAUGUGUGUAUAUUUUGUUUCUUGAUGAAGGCUGUUUGGUUUCCUUAAUGCUAAUAAAAACGGAUAAAUGGAUAAA